GUAUUUAAAAAUCUGAUAAAUGGCAAGCUGUAAUGUUAUAGACACAAAGCACAACAAAACAGAAGAAGAAGUUACUUCUAUCUCAUUAAUUUGUUGAAAAUAUAAAUAUACAAUGUUUAGUAUAGAAAAGUGUGUAAAAGAUUUAGAUAAAAUAGAUUUAUCGAACAGUUGUAGGAUGUGUAUAACGGGUAAAAAUUAUUUAAGAGAUAUUUAUACAGCUAAAUUAACAAAAAUGAUAGAAUCAUGUUUCUCCUUUAAGAUUUCUGAAGAUGAUGGAUUACCUAGUAAAAUAUGUACUAUUUGUAUUCGUACAAUCGUUAAAUUGCAUGCAUUUAAGAAAAAAGUUGAACGUAAUGACACAAUUCUAAAACAAAUAUUUGAUAAUAGAGUAAAUUAUAUAGAAACUGAAAAUUCAACUUUAGAAUCAGAUUUAUUUUUGAAAAAUAACGAUAAUAGUGUUUCAAAGAGUGAAGAAAACAUUCAAAGGGAAAAUAAAGGGUACGAAAUUAUGGAAAUACCUCCUUUGAUUCCUAUUUCUCGAAAAACAGAUGAAUCCAUAGAUGUAUCUAGAGAUUUACCACUAGAUGCACCACCUCUAAUACCCAUUAAACCCAUAGAAAACAUAAAAACAUUGGAUACUGUAGUUCUUGAAUGUUACAAUUGUAAUGAAAAAUUUCAAAACGUGUCUGAUUUAAAACAACACAACUUGGUUUUGUGUAAACCAAAAGAUUUACAGUGUACCAUUUGUUUGAAAACAUUCAACGAAAGGAAGAAAUUGAUAGGACACUUGAAAGGUCACAUGGUGAUAAAAAAUCACGUAUGCAAUUAUUGCAAUAAGAAAUAUCCAAAUGAGAGUACGUUAAGGGUUCAUAUAAGAUCGCAUACAGGUGAAAAACCUUUUAAAUGCCAGAUUUGUGAUAAAGGUUUCGUUCGAUGGGCUGGAGUGAGAUUGCACAUGAAAACCCACGAAGAUACCAGACCAUUUUUAUGCGAAAUCUGCAAUAAAUCGUUUAAGAUACAUUCUAAUCUAGAAAGACAUAAAAGAAUACAUUUCGGGAUAAAACCGUACAGUUGUACUUAUUGCGACAAGGUAUACAGGCAAUUGGAGAAUUUGACUUUGCACAUACGAACCAGCCAUACCAACGACCGUCCAUUUCUCUGUAACAUAUGCGGAAAAGCCUACGUGAAUUCCACUCGUUUGAAUCGUCACAUGGGGAUCCAUUCGGGAUGGAAACCCCAUAAAUGCAGGACUUGUCCGAAGGCUUAUACGAACCGAGCUGAUCUGCGCAUCCACGAAUCUUACCAUUCCGGUAAAAACGUCAACGAACUCAAAAAAUAUUCAUGUCGAGUUUGCAACAUGAGGUUUUUUCAUCCCAGCAGAUUGGAGAAACAUUUUAAGAUCCAUAAUAAGGAGAUGGAACAAGUUGGCGCGAAAGUAACUCAGCAUAUCAUGUUAUAAGGACCGAUUAAGUUAUUUUAUAUAAAUAAAAUACAUUUUUACCGAAAAAUAAUUUAUUAUAUACACAAUUAUUGUAAUAAAGGUGGCCAUAUA